GACAAAAGAGGAGUGAGAGAGAAAGAGAAAGAAGAAAGAGAAAGAUCAAUCAUUUGCAACCCAGGAAGCUCUCAGUCACCCCGCGCCGGUGCCUGGGAAUGUCCUCUGCAGUUUGCCCGUGAGACGGACGUAAUCACACUGUCCCACGGCAAGAAUUCCGCAAGGGAAGGAAGAAGGGACAUCGUAGACCCUCACUGCAUAGCUCCAGUUAUGCCUUCUCAGGACUCUGACCUUCCCCAGAAGGAGCAGCAGGAGAAAAUGACCAAGCUUCAGGAGGCGGUGACCUUCAAGGACGUGGCUGUGGUCUUCACGGAGGAGGAGCUGGGGCUGCUGGACCCGUCCCAGAGGAAGCUGUACCGAGACGUGAUGCUGGAGAACUUCCGGAACCUGGUCUCCCUGGGUAUGGCAGCCCAGUCGGAGGCAGAAGAAAACUUCUGGAUGAUGGAAAGAGAAACCCAAAGAAAUGGGGCUUCUGGUGAGAACGAUGUGGCUGUUUUUUUCUGGUUCCAGAGAAUCUGCUAUUUACCACGUCCAUGAUGAGCACUCUGACCCCGGGGUUGUCACCUCCUGCCUGGGCUGUGACAACAGCCUCCACACCAGCCUCCAUGCUUUGCUCUCUUGCACCCUCAUAAUCUAGUCCCUGCAGACUGAUUCUAUAGGAAGCGAGUGAGAAUGUGCCACUCCUUGGCUCAGAGCCCUGCAAAGACUUCCCAUUUCACUUCGAGUCCUUACAGGAUGGCCAGACCCUACCUGAUCUGGCCUCCUCACCGACUUCCUAUUUAAUUGCCUCUCCUUUCCCGCUGACUCAGACCAUUCCUGCCAUCCUGGCCCACUUCAAGUGUCCUUUUCUUUUUCAGGGA